CAUAGAAGCAGCCCAUUGAUUGUAAUCGGCCGGCCUCAUCCCACCCUGCGAUUUUGCUCUAUACAACAUGUUACAGGGGCAUUCCAGGCACAAUGCUACAGAAUACUCAGCUUUUGCAAGGUUGGUCUGCUAGUACAAUCGAUAGCCUCUUCUGUACUGCUUGAGUGUUCCAGUUGCCCAAUAUAGAGUCAGCGUCAUUCUGAGCGACCUACUUCCCUCUACCCAGUGGUUUGGGUCCACGGAUUCCAACUUGGAUACACCCAACCUUAGACACUGUUAUCUAUGCUAUAACUCUACUACGUAUCGGCUUUUAGGCUGAUAAUUACACGAUCAUGGAGACUGAUAGCAACAGAACGAGCAACAAGACCUUCCACACAUCCUUCACCGAAAUACGCAGCCCAACAGGAAAGUUAAUGAAGAGGAGUCGAACUGCCAGCCAAGGCGGUUUUGAUAAUCCACCGAGAACUCGAAAUCCACAAGCGCAGCUGCUAAGAUGGGUUUCUCUAUCAUGGAUAUCGUCAAUACUUGCGUUGGUAUUUCUAGCUCUGACGUCAAUCUACGCUUCGAGUAAUUCUUUCAUGUCAAAAAUCAGUUUCAUCGGAAGCUCGCCGAGUAACACCAUCUUGGUUCUGAGAGUCCUGUCUGAGAUAGCAGGAGUGACGUUGGCAGCAGCAAUUGCAGGUGCAUUCGAGAAACUACAAUUCAUACUCGUCACCCGAAGACACCACACCACUGGGUUUCGCCUCACAGACUACCUAGCCCUCGAAGCAGGCACUGGCAUGUCAGGCCUCCUAGCCAUCAUGGUCUCAUACGGCGUAAAGCACGCCGUAACUCGUGGCUGGUCACUCCUCCGCAUAACGGCCAUCGUAAUGGUUCCCAUCCUCAACGUGUUGAUUAUGAGUAACGUAGAAACGACCAAGAUCUUCAGGCCCGUCCAUGAAGACGAGAUGAUGAUGGGCUACGGCAUCGGCACCUUUAACGCCUCGCUCGCCGCCGUCUGGGCACCCAUGACCGAUCUGCUCUUUGCAACUCGCUUCUCAGAGUUUCUCCUCGACACCACCCGCGCCAUCGAGGUCCCCACCUCCAACGCCGUCGAUGCAUGCACCGCCUCCUUUACCGGCUCCGCAGCCCACACCUGCGAACAGACCUACUACGUCCCCGGUGGCAUCGAGAACUAUGCCGCAUGGCUGCUCUCCGACGAAAACAGCCAAAAGGCAGACUCCUUCAUGGCCGUCGACCAAUCGGGCUUUAUUUUCGACUUUCUACAUGGCGCGCACGACUGGACGUACGACCACGACACAGAAUGUAAAUACUGGGGUGUCAACAUUGGCGCGUUUGCGCUAUGCAUCAAAAACGAUGCCGCAGGCCUCCUGCAAGCCAAACUCGUCCUUUGCGACGGGCUCAAGGCGGGCAAUGGCGAUUGUCUGACGAACCGUAGCUGGAUGCUCGAGGCGGGCUGGAAGACGUCCUUGCGCGUGUCCCUGCGGCCCGCGACAGUCGCGUAUUCGCGUCUCAACGGCACGAUCCUGUCCUACGAAUUCUCCGCAACAAGUCCGGCCCAGCAGACCCAGGUACUUGCGCCGGACCUCCUGUCCGCGUUCGACGUCGUCUUCAACCCUGUCGACCCGGAGUCGUUCUUCCACCUCGUGCUCUCAUUCCUCGAGAUCGAAGACAACAGACCUGUGCUGCCGCUGUAUGUAUGGUGGUGGUUCCACGGCCUCAACUCGCUUGCCAAGGAUGAUCCGGCUGCGGAAAGCCGUGCUGUGGGUGGACUGCAGAGCUUGCUCUCGCUACCGAUAUACCACUGCCAAGCAAAAGACUUUGCAGAGCUGCGUACACUUGGUUUUGACAACAGCACCGCUGCCGGCGCGGCGAUUAUGUCUAUGUUUCCCGAAGCGGACCGUGAUACGCCAAUCUAUCCGUCUGUCAUGGCAUACGACAUCCAUGUAAGUCGCACUACACUGCUCGCCUAUGUGGCCCUAUCGGCUCUCAGUCUCGUGUUCUGUUUUGGUAUGUUGAUUUGGGCGUUGUUGGUUAGAAGCGAACGAGAGGUCGGGUAUCUGAGCCUGUAUCCGACGCUGAACUUCAGAACAAAGUGUGAAGUGUGGGAGCGCGAUGGCACAUGGGUGCCACGAGAGGAGUUGGUCAAAACAGGGACGCUAAUUCCAGGGAGGCUGAUGCGGAGGGUUGGAGAUAUGAGGGUGAGACUCGCAGCUGGAGGGAUGGGUUUGGUGCCGGGACGCGGGGACCCGGAGAUGGGGGUGAGGGGUCCAGUUGAGGAGACAAAGUGAGUGUAUAGAAUUAUGUGAUAACGAAUUGAAUGAGAUUAUGGAGUAGCGUAUACAUUAGUGAAAUGAAAACAAGUUACAUUC